UUCUGAUAUCCUCUCAACUCGGAGCUGUACUUCCUAACAAUCAUGGUCUCGAGAAGCUUCUCACUGCUGGGUCUCUUUGCAUUCUUCAGUGCCAGUGAUCUUCACCUGUUCACCCAUCCUAGCAACGGACUUCGAGAAUGCCGCAAAAACACCAGCACCGUAGCACUUGAGGUUCUCCCUGGUGGAGGCUGGGAUAACCUGCGGAACCUGGAUAUGGGUCGGGUGAUGAACAUGAGCUAUUCCCAGUGUCAGACCACUGAAGACGGUACCUACUUCAUCCCAGAUGAAAUCUUUGUCAUUCCACAAAAGGUGAGCGGGGUGGAGAUGAACUCUGAGAUCAUCAGCUCCUGGCUGGAACAGAAGAGCACCACGUCGAGUUCUAUCAAUGCUGACGCCUCCUUCUUCUCUGUAGUCAAUGGCAAGUUCUCCUCUGAGAACCAGCGCAUGAAAAUUCACCAAGUCAGAGGCAAUUCUGUCACCGCUCGGGUGCAGGUGCGUAACCAUCUGUACACAGUAAAGACUUAUCCUGACUUCACGCUGGACUCCCGUUUCGCCCGUCAGGCAGAGGAAAUCGCGGAUGCUAUUGAGAACAACCAGACACGCCAUGCGCAGUAUCUGUCAGAGAAGAUGGUGCUUGAUUACGGAACCCAUGUCAUCACAAGUGUGGAUGCUGGUGCCACUUUGGUGGAAGAGGACUAUCUAAAAUCGUCUUACGUGUCCAACACGCAGUCCGAACAAACGUCUGUUUCAGCGUCAGCUGGCGCCAACUUUUUCAACAAAGUUUCCUUUGAUUUUGGCAGUAAGCAGACUCAACAAACAUCUGAAAGUCAAACCUACCAGAAUAGCAUUACAUACUCCAUUACGCUGAGUCAGGGCGGGGCUCUGUUUUAUCCUGGAAUCACUCUACAAAAAUGGCAGGAGAGCACACACAACAAUCUUGUAGCUAUCGACCGUAGCGGACUACCACUGAACUACUUCCUCAACCCUUCAAUGUUUCCAGACCUCCCAGUUCCAACAGUAAAUAAACUAGCUCACUUGGUGAGUGAAGCUAUAGAACGUUACUACAGAAUUAAUACCCACCCAGGGUGUAUAAAAGUAGACUCCAAAAAUUUCAACUUCAAGGCUAAUGUGGAUGAUAACUCCUGUGAGGGUCCCAGCACCAACCUCAGCUUUGGUGGAGUUUACCAGCUGUGCACUCCCCUGACUCAAGAUGGUAAUUCAAUUUGCCAAGAACUAGCUGCAAAAAACCCAGCCAGUGGCGCAUACUCCUGUCCACAGCCAUACACCGGUACUCUACUGCGCACAGAAGUGCAGGAAAGGCCAUAUAAUAAAUAUGAGUGCCACCAGCAAUGUCAUUCUUGUUGGGUGUUUUUCAAGUGUUGUAAAAAUGUGUGUGGAAACGUGUACUACGUCCAACGUGCAAGAAUCCAGACUUACUGGUGUUCCACUAAUGCGGCUGUGCCAGAAUUCUCUGGGUACCUCUUUGGUGGACUUUUUGGCCCUUCCUUACAAAACCCAUUAACCAAAUCCAGAUCUUGCCCCCCACAUUUCUUUGCCCAGAUGUUCUUGUCCAGCGGCAUGACCAUCUGCCUGAGCAAUGAUUAUGAGGCGGCGACGCGAUUCUCUGUCCCUUUUGGGGGUUUCUUUAGCUGCCAGUCUACCAACCUGCUCGCAGGGAGCCAGUCUCGCUGCCCGCCACAGUUCAGUCAGCAUCUUGCUGCCAUAAGCGAUGGUUGCCAGGUACUGUACUGUGUUCAGUCGGGUAUUUUCACCGGCGGGGAGUUGCCGCCCAUCCAGCUGCCGCCCUUCACGAGACCGCCGGUGAUCAGCAUGCUAGCCACAAACACCGUAGCCGUGAUGACCGAAGGCGACCGGGCCUGGGUGAGGGUCAAAGGCACAAACAUGUGGAGGGUGGCGAAACCCGAGGACAUUGCUGAGAUGUCGCAAAUGUUCGUGGAGUCCUCUCAUGCGAUUGGGAAAUCGGUGGGCGUGGCCUUUGGUGCACUAGCCUUGGUUGCCCUUGUGGUGGUAGUAGCAGUGGUAGUGGCGAGGAAGAGGAGGAGGAUUUCUCUGCUCAGAGGAGGGAUAGGUUACGAGGAGAUUCACAGUACAGGGGAAGGUGAGACCAGUGUGGAGUGUCAGGCAGAGCAGCCCACAGAGAGCCAGACUGAAAACCCGGCUUAGGUGCUCUUAGUAUAACGUCACUGACACUAUACAUCUCAAGGUUUGCCUUUUAUCUUUAAGCUCUGUGAAAAAUUAUUCAUAGCAUAUACUUUCUCUGAUUAUUUUUCUACAUCUCGUCAUUGAUUUGUUAACUUUUUUUCUAUAAUAAACAUGUAAACAAGAUAAUGCUUAA